AUGCAAAGCGCCCAGCAUGCCGGCAGAGUGGGAGCAUGCUUUCUUGAUGUGUUGAGCUGCGAACCCCCAGCUGCGGAGGUCGUCUUCGCCACAGGCCUUGCAGGCUGCAGCCGAGCGGGGCAAGUAUGUCGACAGAGCUGCCGCUCCCUGCAGCCGUUGUUGUCCAGGCUUUACCCGCAUCGGCUGUGUCUCCUUGGAGGAGAAAUCCUGGAGAGCCCUUCGCCCUUUCGAGCAUCCGCUCGUGUGCUUGGCCGAGUUCACAGCCUCGAUGCCAGUAGCGAAGUUGCAGCAUCGAAGGGGUCAGUGGCGUGGCUGCAGGAACUGCCGAUGCCGAGUUGUCGCUCCUUCAUGGCAGUCCUAGCUUGCGGAGUCAAGGUGUACGUCUUGGGUGGGCAACGCCCAACCAAAGCACCCGGCUUCAAGCUUCGACAUCUUGGCUUUCAUGCACUCGCCUCUUUCGAUUGCUUCGACGCUGAUGCGCGGGCCUGGGAGAGCUUGCAGCCAAUGCCGACGGCCCGGCGAAGUUUAGCGGCUGCUUUCGUGGACGGCUUCAUCUACGCAGCUGGCGGGUCCAACUGCGCUGAUCGACUGGAUGUGGUGGAGCGCUACAGCCACAAGCGUGGCUGGGAAACGAUGCCGCCGCUGCCCACUGCCAGAGAAGGCUUGGCCCUGGUCAGCAUCCCUUCCCAGAUCUUUGCCAUUGGGGGUUUGGGUUCGAGCGGCUCGCCGUUGAAGGAUGUGGAGGUCUUCGAGUUGCCAAGCCACAGUUGGACAAAGCUCAACUGUAUGCCUUUUGCCUUCGGCAAUUGCUCCGCGGUCUCGUUUGGUGGCAACAUCUACGUUUUUGGAGGUUACUCAGGCGUUGGUAGCGAGGAAGCUUGGCGACAAAACGCUCUUCAGCAGUUCGACCCACAUGCGCAAUGCUGGCAUGCUCUGGGUGGCGCGUCUCUUCCACACCCACGGUGGGGGAGUGCGGUGGCCUUGGAUGCUGAGGGCCGCCUCUUUGUGUGUGGCGGAUACAAGGAGCUUCGUGCAAGCCGGCACGUGGAAGUGCUGGACCUUCGCCGGCCCCACAAGGGCUGGCGACCGGGUCCGCUUUUACCCGGCGCAUGCGCGGGCUGCAGUGCCACGUCUGUUCGUCUGCCUGGCUUCUUGCGGCCUGGAUUCUUGCGGUGA